AUGGGUUGGAACCAGUGGGCUCUCCUCCGCUUCGCCAACAAGACCUAUGAUGAUACUCUGAAGCUCAAAUUCCCCAACAAGGGUGACCACUGGGGAUGGCCGUUUGAAGACACCAAAGACACCAGUACCCGCAACCAGAUCGAGUACAGCACCAUUGAAGAGAAGGAUAUUGAGCCUCAGACCACCUAUGCCUACGGUCAAACUGGAAAGCAGAAUGAAUGGGCUGGCAUGGAAGGAACUGUUGAUAUCUAUACCAAGGCAACCGCGGGCACCAAGGAACAGAAGAUCGCCCGCAAUUAUUAUUCCUGUCCUUGGAGCGGUUCCAACAAGUUCAGUAUCUCCGGUACUGCCUCUGGCUGGAAGGUUGACCAGUGGGGUGCUGAUUACAACGGUGAUGCACUCGGGUCGAUCACCAUUGAGGUGCGCCGCACGUAG